GAUUAGCAGGGAACAUAAAGUCAUAAAGAGGACGGCAGCAAUAUGGCUGAUGAGUAGAAGUGCUUUGGGAUGAUAAUGUCACCUCAGGGUCAUAAGGAAAACAGUCUGGGAGUCGGAGCAGCAUUUUUAUGCUUCUGUGCUCUGUGUCUCAAUCCCAGAGGGUUCAGCACUGAGCUGGUUACCCACAGAGCCAUUUCUACUGAUAAGACUUCACAUCGGUCCAACUUCCAUUUGAAAUCAACAGCAUUUGACUGCUGUGGAAACAUUUUGAGAUUAUAUGUGGUUUGAAGAGAUCUGUGGAAGCUGACCUGCGCGGUAACCCGGGGGAAACGCUUGCGUGCGCAAAACCAACCAUUCAGACGACGACCCUGACUGGAUUCCUCACGUGAAAUCCAACUCCGAUUGGCCCAUCAGCAGGCAGCGAGCCGCCGCGCCAAGCCUGUCCUGCGUGGCCCAGAAAGCAGCGCGCAGAGUGCGGCGGACACUGCGCCUCUGUGUGCGCUGCUGUGUCUCUUUAAGUACAGCAGGCAGUGCUGUUGGUCCGUGUGGGAGCGCAGGGCGCACGGUGCGGCGCUGCCUCUCCGCAGCGUCAGGCAGCCUUUACCUCACGUCGGACGGGCGACAGAAACGACAGGUCUACCCGCCGCCUGCACCACAUCCACGCGUUCACCUGAACAGCUGACUGAAGCGAGGGAAGCGAAGAGGGGGCUGUCUGAGCGGGGCUGAUGUGGACUGGUGAGCCUACAGGGCCAUUGACAUUACUGCCUCCUCCUCCGACCGACAGCCAGAAGUGCGUGGCGGUUUAUCUGCGGUGCUGUGCAGUAGAUUAUUGAACGGAGACUACACCAGCUAAUGAGAUUGAUAAACUGACGUUAGUUAGGUGCGGAUAAAAACAAGAAGCAGCUGAUCAGAGAGCAUGCCGCUGCUCAUAAUUGGCUGAAUGAUCGUGGAGAUGAAACAUCAUGAGGACCAUCCUCUGCUGAGUUGCGUCCUGCGAACUGCAACAUCAAACCAUCUGCUGAAGCCCUCUCUUGGCUCGUGUUGAAGAUCCGGGGAGCGGGUCAGCCUCUCUGCAUGGACGUCUCAGCCAGCUUUUCAGCUUAUAGGAGGAUUAUUCACAACACCGGACCUCUUCCAUGGUGAGUCACGCCCUCUCUCUCCCGGAUCGUCUCAGUGAAUAGCCGGCCGCACAAAGACGAAGCUCCUAAAUAAAACCCUCUUCGUUCUGCACAGCGUGGGAGAAAGUGCCACCGCUGAGCUGGUGUGGCAUCUCUACCGGCUGAUAAUUGGAGUGAAAGCAGUGUUGGGUGAUCAUCUUUCACUCUGAGCCGCUCACCUUUCAUGCUGCGGCCCCGGAGCCGGCUCUCAGGCCUGGACUGUCAGCGGGAACCCAGAGAGACUCUCAUGUGCACACGAUCUGCAGAGCUGCACAGUGCAAAGGUGUGAACUAAGCAGCGUCUUCAUGAGACUGAAGAGGCAUACAUGAGGGAGAAGUGAUGCUAUUGUUUGGAUGACCUUCAUUCAGGAUUAAGACUCUAACUGACUUUUUCUUCAUUUUAUUUUGGGCCCAGUGGGGCGGAGUGGUGGAAAGAGCGAGAGCUGGUGUUGAUUCUUCUGCUUUAUGAGUUUUCCUCACUGGGAGAGUGUGUCUGAGUGGCAGGGGGAGCCAGCAUGGCCAAGCCUCUGCUGAAGAUACAGCGCUACUUCCGCAGGAAACCUGUCCGAUUCUUUUCCCUCAUCCUCCUCUACCUGACCGCCGGCAGCCUCGUCUUCCUGCACUCUGGCUUUGUCGGGGACAGCGGCCCCGGAGCCAGAGGGGGCCGGGACUCUGUGGUUGCUUCAGAGAUGGGCAGCCGGACUUUGUCAGACGCUCGGGGGCUUGGCAUCAUGAGUCGAGUGUUUAAGGAGACGCGCAGGUCUGGACGGAGGUAUGGCCCUCCGUGGAUGAAAAAGGCCAGACAUGAGGGCCAUGAGACAGUGGGCAGGGGGGGAGACUACACCAGCAACUGGAACCGUGCACUUAAAGGACGCAAUGCCAAAGACAUGGACGAUGGAAGAGCAAAGUAUAUCGGCUGCUACAUUGAUGACACACAGAAAAGGGCGCUGAGAGGAGUUUCCUUUUUUGACUACAAAAAAAUGACUGUAUUCCGUUGCCAAGACAACUGUGCAGAAAGAGGUUACAUGUACGCAGGUCUGGAGUUCGGAGCAGAGUGCUACUGCGGUCACAAGAUCCAGGCGCCCAAUGCUUCAGAGAGUGAAUGCAAUAUGGAGUGUAAAGGAGAGAAGAGCAACCUGUGCGGAGGAGCCAACCGACUGUCCAUCUACCGGCUGGAGCUGAGCCAGGAGUCAGCACGCCGCUAUGGCAGCGCCAUUUUCAAAGGGUGCUUCCACAGGCCAGACAAUGUCACUCUGGCACUUCCCUUCAGCGCGGCCAUCCAAAACAUGUCUGUGGACAAGUGCGUGGACAUGUGCACGGAGAGGGAGAAAUCGUUGGCCGUUCUGGCCGGAGAUCGAUGUCGCUGUGGCUUCCCGACCCCUCUCUUCUCCCUUCAUGAGCUUGAGAACGAGGAGAUGUGUCUCCACCGCUGCCACGGGGAGGAGUUCGAAAGCUGCGGGAACGACGAGUACUUUGUGGUGUACCAGACGCAGGUUCAAGAUAACCGCUGCAUGGACCGGCACUUCCUCCCCACUCGUGCCAAGCAGCUGGUGGCGCUCGCCAGUUUCCCCGGAGCCGGCAACACCUGGGCUCGCCACCUCAUAGAGCUCGCCACCGGCUUCUACACCGGCAGCUAUUACUUUGAUGGCUCCCUUUACAAUAAAGGAUUUAAAGGAGAGCGGGACCACUGGCGGAGUGGGAGGACGAUCUGCAUUAAGACACAUGAGAGCGGAAGGAAGGAGAUCGAAGCCUUUGACUCCAGCAUCCUCAUGAUCCGAAACCCCUACAAAGCCCUCAUGGCAGAAUUUAACAGAAAAUAUGGCGGCCAUAUUGGAUUUGCCUCCCAGGCCCACUGGAGAGGGAAAGAGUGGCCCGAGUUUGUGCGGAACUAUGCGCCUUGGUGGGCGUCCCACACGCUGGACUGGCUGAAUUAUGGGAAGAACGUCCAGGUGGUCCACUUUGAGGAUCUGAAGAGGGACCUGUUCUCCAAGCUGAAAGAGAUGGUUCAGUUUCUUGGUUUGAAGGUUUCUGAGGACCGCCUGCUCUGCGUCGAGGGCCAGAAGGAUGGAAACUUCAAGCGAUCAGGGCUACGAAAGCUUGAAUACGACCCCUAUACUCCUGAAAUGAGAGCGAACAUCAAUGAACUGAUCAGAACAGUAGACGCCGCAUUGAAGAAAAGGCAGAUGUCUGGAGUUCCAGAGGAGUAUCUGCCAAGAUGAUAAAUGUGAUCUCUUAAUUUCCCUCUUUUCCCUCCUUUGAUUGGACUCUGCACCAUAUUUUAUAGGAUUACGUGACUUAAAUAGUUUUUUCAAUUAUUUUUCAGUGAAGUCACAAACAGUAGGUUACCCACCUUUUUUCAUUUUCUGUUGAACUCCAGCAGCUUCGUGCAUUAAUAGAAGAGGCAGUUUGAACUGUGGAGGCUUGUUUUUCUCUUUGGUUGAAUGAAAAGCACUUCUUAUCCCGCUCUAUGCACAUGUGCUGUGUCGGCAUGUGCUCAUGCCUUAACAUGAAGAAGGUACAAUAGCUGUGACUACAGAGAGGCCCAUCUGACUGGACUGGGUGAUUUGCUGCCAGGGAAAAAACAUCUGACCUAAAAGAUACUACACAAUACUGCAAAAUGCGUUGUACGAGCUUAUUCUUUGCAAAAGAGAAAUAACGAUUAUGAGAAAUCAAAGGAUUAAAAUGUAUGAAUCUGCUGCUGCUAUCACAGAUACAGAACAGUACUGUUUUAUACAUGAACUUCACUGAGAACUUUAAAACGUUCGGUCCGAUGUCGGAGGGAAAAAUGCAAUAUGCAGGCUUUAACUACCUGAUGAUGAUACUGUGUGUUUCCAAGUUUUUGUAAGUAAUUCAGCUUACUGUAUGGAAGAGAAAUCCUGUUUUCAAUGAUGAAGAGGUAAAGAACUCUCAGCUCCUCAUAUUCAAGAAGAUUAAUAAUCCCUCUUGAAGGCACUGACUCAAGGAGAGAAGAGGAUUUAUCUCGACAGCAUUUAUUUAUCUCUGGUGUGCGGUGCACAUGUUGACUAAUUUGGUUGUGAAUAUGUCUUCUUAACACUGGACUCGAUGCAGAAAUCCAAAAAGCACCUCGCCGUGCAACACUUGCCCCAAAGAUCACUGAGGAAUUAGACAUUACACUUGUUGUAGGUUGGAGGUUACCUUUAGCAGUAGUGAUCGUUAUAGAUUUAUUUUACGACAGUUAUUCAUGCUGAAUGUGAAAACUGUUCACUUUUUUUUAUUGCUUUGUUGUAAGAAGAGCUACGAAACGGAUAAAGCUGUUGAUCAUUUUAAUCAUGAUUUUUUUAAAAAAUCUCCACGAAAGUGUGAAAAAUUCUGCUCAGACUUAAACAGCACGUGUUAUAAUGGUACUCAAUGUGCUAUGCCAUAUGCUUAAAAAUAAACAACUAUAUAAAUAAAUGAAUACAUGAAUAUAGAAAUAAAUACGUAAAUAAAAGACUGGUGACUGAGAGCCAGAAAACAUGACUGACUUCCAUUUUCAGUAUGAUAUAAAUAUAUUUUUAUAGUGUGGGCUCACACAGCAACAAUAUUUGUAUUGCAACAAGCAGACAGGAGAAGCUGUUUCUAUUUUUAACACAUGCUUUAAACUUUAUUGGCUGUUGCUUUCAUUGACAAGCCGGCACUUUCUGAACAUAGGUGUCACAUUUGAAUGUAUUUUCUAUUGAAUGAAUGUAAUGUGAAAUGGCCCAAUAAAUGACGACA